AUGGAAUUUGCAAGAAGAGACUACCAUGUUAAAAGGAGAAGACUUGAAAUUCUCGGGAGUGGUAGUAGUAGUAUAUCGUCAAAGGGAAAAAGCUCCGGCAACGGCAAUAUUAACCAAUAUGAGCAGGACAGUAGUAACUGCUUGCCGGAGUGGCUUUUGUUUGAAGUAUUGUGCAAACUCCCAAUGAAGGCAGUGUACAAGAUUAAGGGUGUCUCGAAACAAUGUCGGUCCUUCAUAUCCCAUCCAUCUUUUUUCGAAAUGUAUUUCGCUCGACGGCCGGAACAACUUUGCCCGUUGGUCUUCCUUUCCUCGAAUGUGGUUCUCAUUGAAGAAGGUACCAAAGCAGCCCCAAAUAUGAUCCCACAACCUAGUCGGAACCUUCCCGAGUUUCACAAGUUCAGUUUAUCGACCUCUUUAAUCACACAAGGAGCAGUUGUCAAGAUCAAAGCAGCAGACAAGGGAUUCCUUUUGUUGGGGAGGGAGAUUAAAACUUAUGGUUUCUUUAAAGGUGAUUAUUGUACAGCUGAAUUUUUUAUUUGUAAUGCUAUGACCAAUGAGUGUUUUGCCGUUCCUAAGGCGCCCGUAACUUUUACCACGAAAUUCAAACUGAGUUUUAUAGCAAAGGUGGUGGAAACUGGAGUUUUGACUUCUUACAGAAUAGUUGCAAUUUUAAGUCCACCAGGGGAGAAAAAAAUCUUUAGGGUUUAUCUAUUUACCCCGGAGACAGGGAAGUGGAAGAAACUUAGAGUGCACUGCGAUUCUCCAAUUACACAUUUUGGAAGGAGGCCUGUUAUUGUGAACAAUACUCUCCACUGGAUGUAUCAACCAACCACGUGUGACCCAAGAAAGGUACGAGGAGAUCCAGAACCAAGAAUUGUCGUCUACGAGCCUUACAUCGAUCCACACAAAUUCCGCAUUAUUGAGCCUCCUCUUGAUUCAAGGCAAGAACAAGCUUGGCUAACUGAUGCUCCUGCAUGCGGUGUGUCUCAAGGACGGCUCAAGUAUUUUAAGAUUAUGGGAUUAGCACUUCGUGAAGUUUCACUCACUAGUUUGAACGUAUGGGAGCUCCAGCAAGACCAAAAAUGGUGCCUUCAACAUUCAAUAGGAAUUGGAGAAUUUUUAUUGUCUUGUUUUCCUAGAAUCAAGCGUAUAUAUGUGCAACUUGUUGCGUUCCAUCCAUUUGAUUCCGAUAUAGUGUAUUUCUAUUGUCACACCAACAAUUUGUUGGUCUCGUACAACGCUCGGACGAAAGAGGUCGAACAUAAAGCAGGAGUCGAAAACUUCGGUCCCCGAUUCUAUAGGGAGGAGGACGGAAGAAGAAUUCAAGCAUGGCCAUGUGGAGAAUGCUUUGAACAUUCCUUAUAUGUUCAUUACCCCUGA